GUGCCUGCUAGAUUAGGCAAUCAGCUUCGUUUGACGACACGACAUGACGUUGCUUCCCAAAGACUAUAAACAUCGAGGCAGCAACAACGAACGAGCUGGCCUCAAACACCCGUAGCUUGCAAUAACUUGCCGAGACGCAACUUUUCCAUCCAACUUCGGUUACUGUUCUUUACACGCGGUACCAAUGUCCGCGCGGCUAUCGUAGCAUCGCUUGAGCCGAAUCCGCGCGACCGCGGUUCGAUACGAUCCAUGGCGCAACAUGACGAGAAAGUCGCCCUGCGCAGUGACUUGUCUUCAACGAGCGCGUCCCCCGAACCCUUCGAUCCCGUACUCUUCGAGAAGGAAGAGCGAAUUAGAGAAGCCUGUACAUGGCGCGAUGCCGACAAGCUAAGGUCAUUGGCCCAGUCGCAGGGAGGGCUGCUCAAGGACGAACUGCGCCAGCAGGCUUGGCCGAUACUCAUGGGACUGUCUGGUCUAGGGGACGCAGACGAGAAGCAUGAUCAUAUCAGUAGCGAAUGGGAAACCCUCCCACCUCACAGGGACGAGAGCCAGGUCGAACUUGACGUGAAUCGCUCGUUCGUGUACUACCCACAUGACCAGUCAGACCGCGAGCUCGAUCGAAGGAAAGCCGAGCUAUCAGCGCUGAUCACUCAAGUCCUGCGAGAGAACCCCUACCUCUGCUACUUCCAGGGCUACCACGACAUAUGCCAAGUCAUACUCCUCGUCCUCGCUCCAGAGCUUCGCGCGCCUGUUGUCGCACGCCUCUCGGUCCUGCGAAUACGCGACUUCAUGCUGCCCUCGCUCGCCCCGACUACAGCCCAGCUACGACUCCUGCCCGACAUACUAUCAGUCGCGGACCCGAAAUUAUGGCGGCACCUCCUCGGUGUUGAGCCUUUCUAUGCGCUCUCAGGGACAUUGACUAUGUUUGCCCACAACAUUGAGGCCUAUUCAGACAUUGCUCGGCUUUUCGAUGUUUUCUUGGCCAGAGAACCCGUCUUUAGCAUAUACAUGUUUGCCCAGAUCGUAUUAGACAGGCGAGACGAAAUCUUCGAGAUAGACGAACCAGAUAUGCUCCAUGUCAUCUUGGGCAAGGUGCCGCCUCGGAUGGAUUUAGAUGCCCUCAUUGUCGACUCGGCUUCGCUCCUUGAGCGACACCCGCCCGAGAAACUGCGCGCAUGGCGUGGAAUCUCUAGGUCUAGCUCUCUGAAAACUGUGCGCCAUGUCGAAGAUUGCGCAAAACAGACUUUGACAGACGGGCAGCACUUCUUUGAAGCGCAAGCGACAGAACUGCAGAGGGCAGAGAUGAGGGACAGGGUCAAGGCGAAACUCUGGGCAUAUAGGAAGCCAGCCCGGACGGUCGGUGCAGCGUUCGCGUUUGGCAUAUUGGCCAUGUAUCUCCGGCGUAACCCAGGCAUUGUGCAUCAAAUCGUAGGACUAUUCAUGCGAUGAAAAUCAAUAUCAAUAAUACGAGGAACGAUAGAUGGCCUGCUUCACAGUCGGAAUGUGUCAUUCAAACGACCUCAGAUGCC